CUUGCCGCAUCUUCCUUCCCACGUAGCCGCGCAGCACAUCGCGAUCAACACUAGCAGUGUCAGUCCUGCCCUCUCGUCCGCGAGCAGAGCCGCCAUGGCCGACGUGCUGGUGGGCUCCGAGCGCCGCGUCCUCAUCAGCGGCUACGGCCUCCCCGCGCAGGCCCCGCCGCCACCCGAGAGCCUGCUCGGCCGCCUCGACCAGAUCGACCUCCGGUUGCGGCAGCUGGAGGAGCAGCGCCGCCCGGCCCCCGCCGCCGACGACGACGGCCGCCGUGCGCAACCGCACCAGGUUCACCACCACCACACCAAGUCCCUGCCGUCGGCGCUGCAGCACCAGCACGUACAGGUGCGGGGCACGCUCAUGGACCGCCUCAACCUGCUCGAGUCGCGCAUCAGGCAGCUCAGCUGCGAGCUCGACCUCGACAUCGGCGGCAAGGCCGGGGGCUACGCCGCCGCCGCCGCCGCCGCCCAGCUGGGGAUGAUGGGGGGCUCCUCGUCCGUGGCGGCGCCGCCGGCAGUCGAGGACCCCGCGUGGUCCGACACCGCGCCGAUGCUGGAGCCCUGCAGGGACCCAGCGGCGGCGGUGAUGUCGUCCGCGCCAGCCACCAAGUCGGCGGCGGCGGCGGCGGACGGGAGCUGGAGCGCCGUGGAGAUCCUGCAGAGGGGCGCGCGCCAGCUUCACCGCAGCAAAUCCAGCGCAACGAACAAGGUGAAGAAUCUGAAGGAGGCGAAAUGUGCAUGUCAGAAGGAGAAGAGGAAGGCGGAACGCGUCAGGACAGGCAGGAGGUGGUUCCCGGUCGGAUGCUAAGGCUGGAAGACGCAGGGAUGAAUUGAUCUUCACCAAUCCAUAGUAGAAGCUACACUACAUAUAUUUGUUCUUUUUUUCCAAUGUAAUUUAUUUCAGACUUUGUGUUUACUUCUUGUUACAUCCGCAAUAGUACACCGGUUUGUAUGGAUUCA